AUAUCUUCGCUGUAAAUACGUCGCCGUUUCUAAGGAUUCUGCUUAAACGUACUAUGUGAACGCAACAAUAACUUUUACACCAAAAGAACACAGAGAGAAUUUUGGAGAGAGAAUUUCUGAUUUUUUUGCAGCUAACCAUCUUCACCAUCAUUCAAGAAGGAUAAUUGAUAAUGGCUGGGAGGAAUCGUAUACCUCGUGAUGCCUUUAAUGAUAGGCGUGGGUACCCCCCAGGAGGACACAUUGUUCGGGGUCCUAUGCCAAGACCUCCACCUCCUCAUCCUGCCAUGUUGGAGGAGGAAAUUGAAAUACAGCGUGGUGAGAUGAGGAAGCUCUUAGAAGAUAACAGAAGGCUAGCUGAAGAUCGGGUGGCAUUGCAGCGAGAGUUGGGUGCUGCAAGGGAUGAAAUACAUCGAAUGAAUCUUGUAAUUUCGGACAUUCGCGGGGAGCAAGAGAUGCAUUCUAGGGAGCUUAUUGAUAAAGGUUUGAAACUGGAGGCUGACCUUCGUGUUGCUGAAUCUUUUAAGAAGGAUGCUACUCAACUGCGUGGAGAAGUUCAGAAGUUGGAAAAGAUACGACAAGAAUUGGUUGGACAAGUUCAGUCCUUUUCUAAGGAUUUGGCUAAGCUACAAGGUGAAAAUCAGCAGAUUCCACAUCUGAAAGCUGAUGUUGAGGGAUUGCAACAGGAAUUGAUGCGUGCAAGAUCGGCUAUUGACUAUGAAAAGAAGGCUAAGAUAGCUCUCAUGGAACAGAAGCAAGCAAUGGAGAAUAAUAUGAUUUCUAUGGCACGUGAAGUUGAGAAACUGCGAGCAGAACUCACAAGCAGUAAUGGGAGACCAUGGGGAGCUGGUGCUACUUAUGGGAUGAAACUUAGUAGUCCUGAGGCUGGCUAUGCUUCACAUUAUGCAGAUCCCUAUGGCUCUCAUAUGGGUGCUGCCGAGAAGGCUCCUCUCUAUGGAUCGGGAUCUGCUACUUGGGGUGGAAUUGAUAAGCCUCGUGGUGCACGCAGAUGAAGAAUUAUAUUGGUUUUAAUUUAGCCUCACCUCACCUCUGAUGCUUUGCUAUUAUCCAAUGUAUGAAAUGGUUAAACUUGGUAGAUUUAUAAUUGUUUGUUUGUGAGUUUAAUAGUCGUAGAUGGGUUCCAGUCUGUUGUUGGUGAAGUGAAAUGGACAUGCUAUUGUUACCUUUGUUUUGUCAAUGUAGACAGUUUUAUGUUUUAUUACUA